UCCUUACCAUGGUGAUGAUCCUAAGUCAAAGCCUCGACAAGCAGGGAGCUGACCCCGUAGCGUGCAGGACCUUCAUCCCUGAGCUGCACACGCCAAAGAAGAUGAGUCAAGGACCGACACUUUUCUCUUGUGGAAUUAUGGAAAAUGACAGAUGGCGAGACCUGGACAGGAAGUGCCCUCUUCAGAUCGACCAGCCGAGCGCCAGCAUCUGGGAGUGCCUGCCCGACAAGUGUCAGGACAGCGCUCUGUGGCACCCGGAGGCCGCGACUGCCUGCGCGGUCACCAACCUGAUCAAAGACCUCAGCCUCAGUGACCACAGCGGGAACCCCUCCGCGCCCCCCAGCAAGCGCCAGUGCCGGUCGCUGUCCUUCUCCGACGAGAUGUCCAGCUGCCGAACAUCGUGGAGGCCCUUGGGGUCCAAAGUCUGGACUCCUGUUGAAAAGAGGCGCUGUUACAGCGGGGGCAGCGUCCAGCGCUACUCCAACGGCUUCAGCACCAUGCAGAGGAGCUCCAGCUUCAGCCUCCCGUCCCGCGCCAACGUGCUCUCCUCGCCCUACGACCAGGCGGGACUCCACCACCGAUUCGGCGGUCAGCCCUGCCAGGGGGCGCCGGGCUCGGCCACCUGCAGACAGGCAGGCGACAUCUGGGGCCCCGACCCGAGCCCCGUGGGCGGGGCCCGACUGGACAUGCAGCGGUCCCUCUCCUGCUCGCACGAGCAGUUCUCCUUUGCGGAGUACUGUCCGCCCUCAGCCAGCAGCACCCCGGCCUCGACGCCGGAGCUGGCCAGGCGCUCCAGUGGGCUCUCCCGCAGCCGCUCCCAGCCGUGUGUCCUUAACGACAAGAAGGUCGGCGUUAAGCGGCGUCGCCCCGAGGAGGCGCAGGAGCAGAGGCCCUCCCUGGACCUGGCCAAGAUGGCACAGAACUGUCAGACCUUCAGCAGCCUCAGCUGCCUGAGCGCAGGGACGGAGGACUGCGGCCCUCACAGCCCCUUCGCCCUCCACAUCAGCAGCACCAGGUCCUGGACCGCCUUGCUCUCGGCCUCCGGCACGGGGGGCAGGACCCCCGCCGGGACCCCGAUCCCCGAGCCUCUGCCCCCGUCCCUGGACGACCACCCCGCCUGCCAGGAGGAGCCGUGCUGCGAGGAGGCGGGUGGCUGCGCCCUCGGCGAGGGCUGCGGUGGGCGUGGGGAGCUGGGCACGGCCUGGCGGGACCGCGGGGCCAUCCACAAUAGCCCCUGCUCCCUGGACGGCGAGCUGGACAUUGAGCAGAUAGAGAACAACUGAGAG